CGAAUGUGCGUUGUUCUCCCCCCUAUGGAGUAUCAGCGAUAUGUUCGGGUGGAGCCAAUUUGUCCCUCGGUCCAUUCGGCGUUAUUACGAAGGGGGGGAUCUGAUGCGAUCGGGAUCUACAAUAUCAACUCUUUGACAUCUGACCAACAUGUCCUUGAUUGCUUACUAUACAUCACUCCUCGGGAACAUCUCGCCAGGUCUAGCUGGAAUCAUUUGUCUGGCCUCAUCCACCUUGUUGAUCCUCAUCGGAUGGGUGGUGCGAACCCGAAUCCUAACGCCGUAUCGACACCUCCCCUCUCCUCCAGGCCUGUCCCUAAAGCACAAUCAUUCUUCUCUCACAUAUAGUACUCCUUUCGGACAAAAAUGGGGAGAUUGGUUCAAGACCUACGGCAAUACCAUAGUGGUUCGAGUGGCGCCUUAUCAUCGGGAAGAGAUCCUCACUAUCGAUCCAGGCUUCGUACGAUACGUACAUGCCAAUGUCAAUGACUUUGAAGGCAGUCCAAGACUCGGUCGUGCCAUGGUCGACAUGGGCAUCCAUGGCGCGAUAUCCUGCGCGAAGGGGGAGAAACGACAAAAGAUUAGAGCAGUGUUUGAACGCUCUUGCUCCCUCGCGGCUAUGCGAGGGUACUUCCCUCGCUUCAUCAACUUGGCUUACAAGGCUAGAGACAAGAUCAUGGAAGAACUUGAGAGCGAUACUGAAAAGCGCUCAGGCAAAAAGCCAAUCAACCCAUCGACCCAUGCCGUAGGAUACCAAAUGGGAAUCGUCAGCACCGUUCUAUUCGGCUUCAACGAGGAGGAUAUCGCAAAAGGAAGGAGUACCGAGGUUCGAGAUACCAUCAUGGCUUUCCAUAAAGCUCGAUCGGAAUUGAAAUGGUGGGAUACAAAGAGUCUUUUCCGAACACCAAGAUACAGACGAUAUAAUCGAAGUCGAGAUCAGUUGGCCGUCGUCGGGAAGAAACUGCUACGAGACAAACAGGAGAAGAUUACCCGCGCUUUCGGUCAAGAUCUGAAAUCUGACGAUAUUCUCGAGGCAGGUGACGAUAUCAUCAGUACAUGGUGUCGGCUCAAUAUGUCGAAGGAUAUCCCAGCGAGUCAGAAGAUCUCCGAUCAGGAUUUAGCCGACAACGUUCCCAUUGCUAUGGCUGCUACACUUGACGUGUCACGAAUGAUGAUUUAUGAGAUCAUCCAUCGCCUGGCGAGUCACAGAGAUAUACAGGACAAACUCCGAAAGGAAUUUUCUGCUCUUCCCGAGGAACCUUCCCUAGAUGAUUUGGCCAAGGUGGCGUAUCUUGAUGCCUUCCUGGACGAACUAGUCAGAAUCGAUAACGCCUAUACGACGAUCGAGCGAACUUGCACACGUACAUGUGUGGUACCUCUACACGACCCGAUUACUCUCAGCAACGGUCAGACUGUGAACUCAAUCACAGUCCACAAAGGGACAGACGUUUCCAUCCCCAUCUGGAAUCUAAGUGCCGAUGAGAGACUAUACGGUAGCGAUGCUACAGAAUUCAGGCCUGAGCGACACCUGGACGGCAGCACAAAAGGAGCCGAAGGCGGCACGGCUAUACACGCGACCUGGGGUUCCUCAGCUGGCUUCUCUGGCGGGCAAAGAGGCUGCCCAGUCUACCAGUACCCUCUGGCCUUCAUGCGAGCGUUCAUUUUCGUCAUGGUUAGAUCCUUUGAGAUUUCUGAACCUACGGAUCAAGAUGUUAAGAUAUGGGUCAGCUCGUCCGCAGAACGAAGAGAACACAGGGUCAAUAACAAGCCUGUCACUUGGAUUCCCACGAUCUUCAAGCCCAUCUCUCAAGAUGUCUAA